AUGGGGAUGUCAAGCUGUAUUCCCACGGGCUUUCACAUAUAUUGUGCUCUCUUUAUUCCACAGGAGUGCAAAGUAUGCCUGGAAGUGUAUGAUGAAUCUCAGAGGCGGCCACAUAAUCUCCCAUGUGGCCAUAGUUUUUGUACAGUAUGCAUUGAUGACAUGUUAAAGAACAGCUCUCUUACCUGCCCAAGAUGCCGUGCCAAACACAUAGCAUCGGACAAGAAUCACUUCCCAGUUGCAUAUGACCUUGAGGAAGUUUUAAGUAAGAGAGAGAUGGGGGCAGCUGCAGCGGGAAGGGCACCUCUUGCUCGAAGGAAAGAUAUCAGCAGCAAAAUCAACAUUCUGAGAGAUGAGCAACUGUCUAGCAUUAAUCAUAUUUCAUUAGGAUUUCAGGAGAAACUAUCUCAGUUAGAUAAAUAUAAAAGAAAAUUAAUUGAGUGGGGAAUAGAACAUGAUGACCUGAUUAAAAAGAUUCAGACUGAUUUAAUAGAGCAGAAUGAGGAGCUGCGUGAUAGCUUGAAAGAGGAACAUGGUCUUGUAGCAGAAGUACUGGAAGCGGGAGAAACACAAGAGCAGCAGCUGAAGUUUGCCGAGGAAUCACUCUUCACAGCCAAAACAGCGCAGGAUGUUUUUGUGGCCAUUAAUGAUGCAGAGAUUGUCCAAUCAGAAGCGGAGACUUGGAUUGAGAAAUGUGAUGAACUCUUCCAAGAUGCUAAUCCUGUGCACAGGUCUAUCAAAAUUCGAGCAGCUACAAGAAAGGCACUGAGGAUGGUGAGACAUGAGACAAAUUUAGAGCCUGCGAUUACUCUGAGAGAUGUCGAUGCAAUGUCAGCAAGUAGUCGUGGAAUGACACCUGUCACCAUUUCUGGUGUGCACAAUACUUGUUCCCACGACAUACUAAUAGGAGGGGCAUUUCCACUAACGGCUGAGAUGCUCCAACAGGUAGAUGAUGAUGUGAGAAGCCUCCUACAGGCAGGAAAGGUGUUUGCAGUAAUGCAGGAGCUAGGCCGGGUAAGGUCUGCCCGCAUAACCCUCCAACAUGACAGGGUUUACCUUCAUCACCUUAGGAAGCAGAAGCCACCGGUAUAUGCCCAAACACUUCAGUAUACUGACAUAGAAGAGCAAUUGAACACCUCAUCACCUACUGCAUUCCUGGAUCUGGCUUGGCCUGGGUCACCUCCUCAACGAAUCCAUAUCCAGCUAAGUCCAAAUCAACGAGCACUACAGUUUAGCCUACUGUGUACAGGGAAGAAUGGUCCAAGCUAUGCUUACACACAGCUGAUAGAGGUGUAUCGUAAGGGUGAGUCUGGCGAACGUAUCUCAGGGGGAGAUUAUGAUGGUGAAGGUGGGGCUGCCAUUAUCCAAGGACUUCCUUGGGGAGGCAUAUAUAGUCGACCUGCUUCUUCGGGGGCUGUUUUUGGCUGGAGUAAUGACAGUAUUGGUGGUCGAUUUGGCAUUCUGACCAGAGCAAAUGAUGGAUGUUACAAUGGUGUGUUUGGUCAGGUGGUGAGUGGGCUUGAUGUCCUGAGGUCAGUAGUUGAGUUGCCUGAUAUUUCACGUGUUACUGUGAUAGACUGUGGAAUUGUCCUUUCACAGUAGUUUUUAAACAUGAACAUAAUUAAUCUGAAUGGUGCUGUAUUUUUAGUAUGAUUUUAUUUAUUUUUUAAAAUGUGACAAAGUCAGUUGAGGAAAGCUGCAUCUCUAUUCUUCCUAUAUUUUUAAUAAGUGUUUGGUAGUACAUAUAUAACAGAAACCAUUACAGUAGCUGUCUCAUACAUUCCUGUAUGAUAUAUACACUGCAAUAGUCAUUUAUCAUAUUUGUCUUCUGCAUUCCUCACAGUUCAAUAAUUCCAUGUUUUCCAACAAAAUCUUUGAAUAUCUAUGCAUAAAAAUUGAAACCUGAUUCAUGAAAAUGAAUCCUUUUCUAUCAUAGAUGCUUAAUCUGUGUGGUGUGACAAUUUUAUGUUUCUUGUGAAAGUGGGUCCUUUCCCUCAUAGAUCUAUUUUAUAUUUAUGUGGUGUAUCUCAAUGUUUCUUUUAGAUAUUCUUUGGAUGUAUAGCUGAUAGAUAAGCACAAUAUACGUGACUGUUCCAAGCACAAGCAUUUGAUAUAGAGCUCAAAGUUGGUUCCAGGAUGUCUCAAGGGUGGAGUGGGCUAAAUGUGUAGCAAAAGAGUACUAAACUAGUUGAUUUUGGGAGAGCAGUACCCCCCCCCCUGUGUGUGUGUGUGUGUGUGUGUGUGUGUGUGUGUGUGUGUGUGUAUGUGUGUGUGUGUGUGUGUGUGUGUGUGUGUGUGUGUGUGUGUGUGUGUGUGUGUGUGUGUGUGUGUGUGUGUGUGUGUGUGUGUGUGUGUGUGUGUGUGUGUGUUUGUUUUAUAACAUGAAGUCCCUCUU